AGCACAUGUAACUUGUUAGUCGCCAGCCUCCCGCCACUCAGACUGACUUCUCCGAGGAAGCGACGCGAAGACAAAAAAAAAGUGUCUCUUGUCCUUCGGGGAAAAAAGUCUGAAAAACUUAAUGACGGCCGUCACGUGACAGUUGGCGGUGAAGUGGAGCGUCACGACGGCUUCUGACGUCAUGUGAUAGACGAGGAGGACAGGUGAAAGUUAGUCUGUGCUUCUUUCGAGGGUUUGGAGGUGCACGAUGGGAUCUUUUCGGCGCUCCAGGCCUCGGUUCAUGAGCUCCCCGGUUCUGUCGGACCUCGCCCGCUUCCACGCCAGCUCGGCCGCUCCGCACGUGGCCAACAGCAGCGUCUGGAACAGUGUCCAAUCAGCCGUGAUGAAGGUGUUCCAGGGCGGAGCUCUGCAGGCUAACGAGCUCUACACGCUUAACGAGAGCAUCAGGUGGCUUCUGAAAACAGAGAUGGGCUCCUUCAUUACAGAUUACUUCCAGAACCAGCUGCUGACUGGAGGCCUGGCUGACGUUCUGGAUCCGAUCUUCAUCUCUGGAGGGAAGGAGCAGCUGGAGGUGCUGGCCGAGGCGUGGGACCGCUUUUUUACGGAAACGCUGCCCACCUUGCAGGCCAUUUUUUACCCUGUACAGGGUCAGGAGCUGUCCAUCAGACAGAUGGCACUGUUGGCUUUCAGAGACUUGGUGCUGUUGAGGCUCCACCUAGAGGACACUUUGGCUAAUGUCACCUGCGUCCCCCCGGGCGUCACGCACAUGCUGCUGGUUCUGCAGGGCAUCCAUGAGUCCGGCGGUACCAAUGAGCGGUAUCAGCAGCUGGAGCGCCUGGUGGCCAUGGUGGUUUCGCCGUAUCUCAGGGACGUCCUCACCAGAGAGCGCCAGUCGUCAGAGUGCCGGCAUCUGCGCUGGUUGCUAGGAGACGGUUCGCAGCCCGACGUGACCCAGCCUCCGAUGUGCGAGUGCUCCUCUCUGGCGCCCUUGGUGGAACACGAAGGGGAGGCCUACCUGGAGAAGUCCGGCGGCAUGCGGCGCCACACCGUGGCUAAUGCCCACUCCGACGUGCGGUUGCUCUCGAGCAGGAUGCGGCGAGAGAUGGAAGCGGACUGCCCGGACGCCGUCGUCACCGUGGCCUUUUUGGCCGAGCCCGUCCAUCCCAGACGCUUCUCCAGCCAACCCGACGUGAACGAAUCACAGAGUAGCGGCGUUAGCAGCUAGCAGAGAUCGGACAGGAAACAGGAUGUAAAAGGACGGUUUUUAAAAUGAAACUGCACACUUCCCACUUGCUUAGCAAACGGGCACAGGAAGUUUCCUACCGCCAUCGUCUUUUAGAAAUUUGGGGAUAAUAAAGAUAUUUCAUAACACAAACAACACAACUUUUAUUU